GUGGACUGCCUACCAUGAGGAGAUAGUGUAUGUCAUGGAGGAGAUUGAUAACACAAUCAAGAAGCUCCCUGAGUGGGCUGCUGAUGAGCCCGUGGUAGAGAAGACUCGCCAAACCCAGCAGGAUGAAACCUACAUCCACUCAGAGCCCCUGGGUGUGGUUCUCAUCAUUGGUGCCUGGAACUACCCCUUCAACCUCACCAUCCAGCCCAUGGUGGGCGCCAUUGCUGCAGGAAAUGCAGUGGUCCUCAAACCCUCAGAGGUGAGCGAGAACAUGGGGAACCUGCUGGCCACCACCAUUCCUCAGUACCUGGACAAGGAACUGUACCCUGUGAUCACCGGGGGUGUCCCUGAGACCACAGAGGUGCUCGCCCAGAGAUUUGACCACAUUUUGUACACGGGGAGCCCAAAUGUGGGGAAGGUUGUUAUGGCAGCUGCUGCUAAGCACCUGACCCCUGUCACCCUGGAGCUGGGAGGAAAGAGCCCUUGCUACGUGGACAAGGACUGUGAUCUGGACGUGGCCUGCCGACGCAUUGCCUGGGGGAAAUUCAUGAACAGCGGCCAGACCUGUGUGGCCCCUGACUACAUCCUCUGUGACCCCUCGGUCCAGAACCAAAUUGUGGAGAAACUGAAGAAGUCAUUGAGAGAGUUCUAUGGGGAGAAUGCCAAGCAAUCCCGCGACUAUGGAAGAAUCAUCAAUGACCGGCACUUCCAGAGAGUAAUAAGCCUGAUUGAGGGCCAGAAAGUGGCCCACGGGGGCACCUGGGAUGCGGCUUCCCGCUACAUAGCCCCCACCAUCCUCAUGGACGUGGACCCCCAGUCCCCAGUGAUGCAGGAGGAGAUCUUUGGGCCGGUGAUGCCGAUCGUGUGUGUGCGCAGCCUGGAGGAGGCCAUCCAGUUCAUCAACCAGCGCGAGAAGCCACUGGCUCUCUACGUCUUCUCCACCAAUGACAAGGUCAUUAAGAGGAUGAUUGCUGAGACAUCGAGCGGUGGGGUGACGGCCAAUGAUGUCAUCGUUCAUAUCACUGUGCACUCUCUGCCCUUUGGGGGUGUGGGGAAUAGCGGCAUGGGAGCCUACCAUGGCAAGAAGAGCUUCGAGACCUUCUCUCAUCGCCGCUCUUGCCUGGUGAGGUCUCUGCGGAAUGAUGAAGGCCUCAAGGCCAGAUAUCCUCCAAGCCCAGCCAAGAUGCCCCGGCACUGAGGAGGGCUGCUCUGCCUGGCUAGUUCAUGCUGUGCCCCAGUGGAGGGUAGAUGCCCUCACUCAUUUGCUUUCCUGCCCCUUGAAGAAUUGCCUCUGGGAGCCCCCUGACAUGCUCCUCAGCCAACCUGUGUAUGCUCCUGACUCCAAGAUGGAC